AUGGCAUCUGAAGUUACCGAAGUCCCGUCCCAGCCUAUUCCUAUUAAGAUCAAUGCACCGGGCGAGGAAAAGGACGGCAGCGAGUUUGUCGAGGAAGCAGGAGAAAAGGACGGCGCUUCUGCAUCCGAAUCAGCCGCUUCUCAUCUAUCAGAGGCACAUCGCGAGUAUCUCCUCCAGCGCCAUGGAACUCUAGACUUGGACCCUCUUCCAAGUGCAUCCCACGCAGACCCUUACAACUGGCCUCGCUGGAAGAAAGUGACAAACCUUAUUCUCGUCGCCUUCCACGCAUGCAUGUCCACCUUCACGGCUUCUAUAAUCCCAGCAUACGAAGAUAUCUCCGUCGACCUCGGAGUUAGCAUACAGAGAGCCAGUUACCUGACUUCGCUGCAGAUCGCUGUCUUGGGUGGAGCACCUUUAUUCUGGAAGCCUCUAUCCAAUCGAUACGGCCGUCGUCCUAUAUUCCUGUUAUCAACUAUUCUGAGUCUCGUUUGCAACAUUGGUUGCGCGAAAAGCCCAGACUAUGCCUCGAUGGCAGCCUGCAGAGCCCUAACUGCGUUCUUCAUCUCACCUGCUGCGGCUAUUGGCAGUGCAGUUGUAACAGAAACUUUCUUCCGAAAGGAGCGUGGCCGAUAUAUGGGCAUCUGGACGUUGAUGGUUACCCUAGGUGUUCCAGUCGGGCCCUUGAUUUUCGGAUUCGUCGCAAAUCGUGCCGGGUAUCGCUGGAUAUUCUGGGUCUUAGCAAUAAUCAACGGGGUGCAGUUUAUCUUGUAUGUGUUUUUUGGCGCCGAGACCCGCUAUAUCACCAGCAACGAGGAGAAAGGUUCUUCGUCCAACUUCUUCAGACGAUAUCUCUCCUUCCGCCGCAUAGAUCCAACGCCCCUGAGGUUAAGCGAGUUCUACCAUCCCCUGACGCUAGUCGUCCAACCAACAGUUUUCAUACCUGCUUUCGCAUACGCCAUGGUCUUCCUAUUCGGAAGCGUCCUGAUCACCGUUGAAGUCCCCCAACUCCUGCAGGAGAAAUUCGGCCUCAACGCAGAACAGGUUGGGCUCCAAUUCCUGGGCGUCAUAAUUGGCACCAUUCUCGGCGAGCAAAUCGGCGGUUCCAUGUCUGAUCUCUGGAUGAACCGCCGCACCCGCAAACUCCGAGCUAGACCAGACCCAGAGUUUCGUCUCUGGCUCAGCUAUCCCGGCGUUCUUCUAACAAUUGUCGGGGUGAUAGUAUUCUUGGUGUGCACGCAGCAGGCACCUGAAGGUCAUUGGCAGGUUUCGCCAAUAGUUGGCACGGCGAUAGCAGCUUUCGGGAACCAGCUGGUGACCACGGUGCUGGUCACGUACGCUGUGGACUCUUAUCCCCAGGACUCUGGUAGUGUCGGGGUCUUCGUUACGUUUGUGAGACAAAUAUGGGGUUUCAUUGGGCCGUUCUGGUUCCCUGACAUGUUUAGCAACGUCGGUGUUGCUGCGAGCUCGGGUGUUGCAGGUGGUCUUAUGUUCGUUUUCAGCUUCCUCUUGAUAAUUCCGGUUCAUGUUGCCGGAUCGAAGUGGCGUUAG